GGCUAAGAUCUAAACUUCAAAGAGAAGCCACUCUGUAGAUGAAUAGACUACAGAGCAUAAUAGAUACAGUUUCGUGAGAUACUUUGUAAUUCUUUAUUUAAAUAUAUAUUUUUUGGAUCUUAGGCUUACGGAGGGGGAGAUUUAGAAACAAGAGGAUAUAAGGAGGAACACGUAUUUAUUCAUUGCUUAGGGAUUUCUGUUCUUCAGCUGUGUGUGAGGGCUGACCAUCAUGUUGACCGCGUUGUGUUUGCUGCUGAUGCUGUGGAGUUCACAAGGCAGCGGAAUGGCAGAGAGCCAGGAAGACAACAGCGUGUAUGACUUAUUCGAGCUCACAAAGAUACAGAAAAAACACAACGGAGUGAGUCUCGUGAAGGGACCCGACCCUAACAGCCCAGCUUACAAAAUCCUCAACCCCAACCUGAUCCCUGUCAUCCCUGAGCGCUCCUUCAGGGACCUCGUUUACUCCAUCCAAGAGGAAAAAGGCUUCAUAUUCGUGGCCAACCUCAAGCAAGCCAAGGCGACCAAGGGCAGCCUGUUCUCUGUGGAGAGGAGGGACGGCUCGGGUGCUGUUUUUGAGCUUGUCUCAAAUGGGAAUGCCAACACUUUAGAUCUGAUUUACGCCACAGCAAGCGGCCAGCAUGAGAUCUCCAUUGAAGACGCACGUCUGGCCAGCGGCAGCUGGAUGAACAUCACCCUGUUUGUGCAGGAGGACCGUGCGCAGCUCUAUAUCGGUUGUGAAGAGAUCAACACAAGCGAACUAGAUGUUCCUAUACACCAGAUUCUGACACAGGACGUGGCUGAUGUCUCUGUCCUGAGGAUUGGAAAAGGAGCAGUGAAAAACAGAUUCAUGGGGGUGCUCCAGAAUGCACGAUUUGUGUUUAGAACCACAUUGGAGACAAUCCUUCGUAACAUGGGAUGUGAGCGCUCUUCCUUCAUUAUUGACGUUGUGACCCUUGACAACCCAGUGAAUGGCUCCAGUCCAGCUAUACGCACAGAUUACAUUGGACACAAAACCAAAGAUCUCUAUGACAUGUGUGGCUUCUCUUGUGAUGACUUGGCUGGCAUGUUUAAGGAGCUCAAGGGGCUUGGUGUGGUUGUUAAGCAAUUGUCUAAUCAGCUCCACCAAGUGACUACAGACAAUGCUCUGUUAAAGACCCAACUUAAGAAUUACAGUGGGGUGUGCCUUCAUAAUGGCAUUGUCUACAAGGACAAGGAUGAAUGGACAGUGGACAGUUGCACCCAUUGUACUUGCCAGAACUCUGCCACUAUUUGCCGGGAAAUCUCCUGCCCUCUUAUGCCUUGUGCCAAUGCCACUGUGCCCGAUGGUGAAUGCUGCCCACGUUGUGGAACUUUGAAUGACUACGCCGAUGAUGGAUGGUCCCCCUGGUCUGAGUGGACCCACUGCUCAGUGACCUGUGGGCGUGGAAUCCAGCAACGUGGACGCUCCUGUGACCGUAUCAACAGCAUCUGUGAGGGUACCUCAGUGCAGACCAGAGACUGCUACCUGCAGGAGUGUGACAAACGCUUCAAGCAAGAUGGAGGCUGGAGCCACUGGUCUCCCUGGUCCUCAUGUUCAGUGACCUGUGGCGUGGGCGUCAUCACUCGCAUCCGCCUCUGUAACUCACCCACCCCACAAAUGGGAGGCAAAGACUGUCAAGGAGAAGGGAGACAGACAGAACCAUGCACGUUGUCCCCUUGCCCAAUCAAUGGAGGCUGGGGUCCAUGGUCACUUUGGGACUCUUGCUCUGUCACUUGUGGAGGUGGACUGCAGAGCAGAAAUCGUCUUUGUAACAAUCCUGUGCCCAAAUAUGGUGGAAAAGAGUGCACUGGUGAUUCCAAAGGCACCCGCAUAUGCAACUCUCAAGAAUGUCCCAUUGAUGGCUGUCUUUCCAAUCCUUGCUUUGCUGGUGCACAGUGCACCAGCUUUCCUGAUGGCUCCUGGAAAUGUGGGGAAUGUCCACUUGGGUAUACUGGAGAUGGAAUUCAUUGUGAAGAUAUUGAUGAGUGCAAAACAGUCCCUGACGCUUGCUUCACCCUCAAUGGAGUCCAUCGUUGUAAGAACACAAGUCCAGGCUACAACUGCCUACCAUGUCCUUCUCGCUACUCUGGAAAUCAGCCUUUUGGCCAGAGCAGUGAGCAAGCUAUAGCCAACAAACAGGUCUGCACACCAAGGAACCCAUGUCAAGAUGGCACCCAUGACUGUAAUAAAAAGGCCAAUUGUAUUUAUUUGGGCAUUUUCUCGGACAUCAUGUUUCGCUGUGAAUGCAAGCCAGGCUAUGCUGGUAAUGGUUAUAUAUGUGGAGAGGACACUGACCUUGAUGGCUGGCCAAACACUGACCUCCACUGUGUUGAGAAUGCCACCUACCACUGCAAGAAGGAUAACUGUCCUGACCUUCCCAACUCCGGGCAAGAGGACUAUGACAAAGAUGGAACCGGGGAUGCUUGUGAUUAUGAUGAUGACAAUGAUGGGAUCCCUGAUGAAAGGGACAACUGCCAAUUUGUCUUCAAUCCAAGGCAAUUUGACCAAGAUCAAGAUGAAGUUGGUGACCGAUGUGAUAACUGCCCACAUGACAGCAAUCCAGACCAGGCAGACACAGAUAAAAACGGAGAAGGCGAUGCUUGUGCAAUUGAUAUUGAUGGGGACGGUAUUUUGAAUGAAAACGACAACUGCCCAUACGUCUACAAUACUGACCAGAGAGACACUGACAAAGAUGGGGUUGGAGACCACUGUGAUAACUGUCCAUUGGAGCACAACCCAGAUCAGAUUGACUCUGAUUCAGAUAACGUGGGUGACAAAUGCGACAGCAAUCAGGACAUUGACGACGACGGUCACCAGAAUAAUCUGGACAACUGUCCAUACAUCGCCAAUGCCAACCAGGCUGAUCAUGACAAGGAUGGCAAAGGUGAUGCAUGUGACCAUGAUGAUGACAAUGAUGGUGUGCCGGAUGAAAGAGACAACUGUAGACUGGCCUUCAACCCAGAUCAGUUAGACACUGAUGGUGAUGGACGUGGUGAUGUUUGCAAGGAUGAUUUUGACCAAGACAAUAUCCCUGAUAUUAUUGACGUAUGUCCAGAGAACUUUGCUAUCAGUGAAACAGAUUUCCGUAGGUUCCAGAUGGUUCCUCUAGACCCCGCAGGAACCUCACAAAUUGACCCUAACUGGGUGGUCCGUCACCAGGGUAAAGAGCUUCUUCAGACGGUCAACUGCGACCCUGGUAUUGCUGUUGGUUUUGACGAGUUCAAUGCAGUGGAUUUUAGUGGAACCUUCUUUAUCAAUACUGACAGAGAUGAUGAUUAUGCUGGCUUUGUGUUUGGCUACCAGUCCAGCUCCCGCUUCUAUGUAGUGAUGUGGAAACAGAUUACACAGACCUACUGGUCUCACACACCCACAAAAGCUCAGGGCUACUCUGGACUGUCCAUCAAAGUGGUCAAUUCCACCACAGGUCCAGGAGAACACCUUAGGAAUGCUUUGUGGCAUACAGGAGACACAGCAGGACAGGUGCGCACUUUGUGGCAUGACCCCAAGAAAAUUGGCUGGAAGGAUUUCACUGCUUACAGAUGGCAGCUGAUCCAUAGACCCAAUACUGGACUUAUCAGAGUCAUUAUGUAUGAAGGCAAGAAAGUCAUGGCAGAUUCUGGAAACAUAUAUGAUAAAACAUAUGCUGGUGGAAGGCUUGGCCUCUUUGUCUUCUCUCAGGAAAUGGUUUACUUCUCAGACCUUAAAUAUGAAUGCAGAGAUGUUUAACAGGACUUCUUUCCAAAUGAGCCAACGAUCUUUUUGUUAUUGACCAAGACAUGUGCUAUGAAGCAAGGCCGAAGGAACUCUGUCAUGGUGGGACCAAUGCAAACAAAAGGAAAAGUUCAAAGGUCAUGUGACCUUUGGAUAAAUACCAGCUGGAUGCAAAUCUUGUUCCUGCAGAAAAGCAGGUAAAUCAUAAUCUCUGCAUGGACCAGGGAAUCGAAAACUUUUAAGACUUCUCCAGUUCUAAACUGGUCUCCUGUUACCAAAAAAAAAGAAGAGUUGUAUUUAAGUGUAAAGAUCUGCUGUGGACUAUGAUCCCGAGAGAAAGAAACCCCUCAUAAUAUGGAGUAAAACCGGCGCUCUAUUUCCUUUUAAUACACAGAAACGGUCUGUCUGUUUCUUUAAGCAAAUGAGUUUUCGGUUUGAAUGUUUGUCAAAAGACCCCAUGCCAUGGUUGUGUGUUAAUUGAAAAGCCACUUGCGCCCUUUUCUGAAGGCAUUAAAUACAUUCUGGUGUUCUCAGGGUAAAGGGACCCGUGUCAAUGUUUUAAACAACAUCAUAUCUAUCACAUACGUAACCAAAGAAAUUAAUUAAUGCCUGUUACUAUGUAACGGGCAAAGAGACGUUUAGUCACAUUGUACUAAUUUAUAUUAUUGACACCCUGUGUGUGUGUGUGUGUGUUAGAGAGAGAGAGAGAGAGAGAAAGAGAGAGAGAGAAAGAGAGAGAGAGAAAGAGAGAGAGAAUAUUAUAAACCAUUGAAACAAACUGGAUUUUUAUAGUAGAAUUUAUUUUAUGUUUUAAAUUGUCAUGAUUUUUAAAAUCCAAAAUCCAGACCAUGUUGUAGUUUUAACUAACUCAGCUUGUACAACGCUUUGCAUUCUUAACAGCAAGGAAAGACAAUAUACAAAUAAUACCUCAUACUAGAAUACAAAACAGUCACAUUUUUUAUUUAGUUACCAAUUGUAUGUUUUUUAAAUGUAUAUAAUACAAAAUAUUUUUCCACAUACAAUACCCCAACAGGGCAUAAAUGAUUUUUAUGUUGUACUUAAUGAAUGGAUGAUGCAUUUUUAAAUAAUAAGUUAUUAUUGAUGUUUGAUGUUUUUUUUAAGAUGUAGUUUUAUGUUUGUAGAUAUGUGAUAUUUAAAUAAUUUAUCAGGAAGUGUAAGAUGUUUUUGGAAGUGUUUUGUAUGUAUAAACAGUUUGCACAGUGUUAUGAGGAUGUUUUUAUUGUCUUUUGUUGUUGUUGUUCUUGUCCUUGUCUUGUCCUUGUCCCCGCCCAAGAAUUGCCUUGUAUUGAGGGCUGUGUUAUAUUUUUAUAUUUAAUUUCUUUCCACAAAAAUGCUGUUUUUACCUAUAUGUCAUUUCUAAAAGAACAAACAAACAAUAAAUGGUUAAAGAUUAAA